AUGUGCGAUUGCUGGUACCACCCUGAGCUGAGCCAGACGAGCGCCGAGCAGUUGUUGGUCCGCGAUGGACGGGACGGGGCGUUCCUCGUGCGCCAGAGCGAGUCUGUGCCCGGAGCGUACGCCAUCUGCCUCAUGUCUCACCAGCAGGUUCACACCUACCGCGUCUUACCGGAUGACAAGGGACUGCUCGCCGUUCAGUCUGCACAAGGAAUUGAUGUCAGGAGAUUCUUCGGACUCCCCAACCUCAUAUCUGCCUACAGAAGGAAGGGGAACGGCCUCGCCACCGCCUUACAUUUCCCUGUCAGUAAGGAGAAUUCCCAAUCUGAUGACGAUCCCCACAGAUGUUCUUGUUGGAAAGACGUCACUUUUCUGGAUCCUAAAAGACUUUUACCGAGGAGCUCGUCCAACAUUCCCCACAAUGCAUCUCUCCAGGGAGGGACUCCGAGGAGCGCAGAGCUGGACGCCGAGUGUCUGAGACUGGACAGAGAGAUUGAAGCCACAUGGAACAGUCUGAGGAUCCUGGCCCAGCUAUUCGGCUGCAUGUCUAUAAUUCAGUACAGUGACCAGAUCUCCGCAGUGGACAAACUCAUCCAUAGAAUGUCCGAUGUUCUGCCGCUGCUGUCCGGCCUGGAGAUCCGGGUGAAGCAGAAUGAGAACAAUCUUCCCAGGAGGAGCGCCCCCCGAAGGCUCUCAGUGUUCAUCGGCACCUGGAAUAUGGGUGGCGCCCCCCCGCCCCGUUCCCUGGUUUCCUGGUUGUCUGGCAAACAUCAGAAUGGGGCCCCGGAUGACGGCGGGUCAUGUGACCAUCACGACCUGUAUGUGAUCGGAACGCAGGAAAACCCACAAGGAGAUCGGGAGUGGGCGGAGUCUCUCAGAACGGCGGUGACGUCACACACUUCAAAAAUCUAUAAAGUGGGCGGCGCACAUUCUGUCGGGGGGAUCCGACUGGUUCUAUUGGUGAGAGAAGAACAUGAAGAUCUGAUCUCCGGUGUGCAGACCUCCGCCGUGAGGACGCGGAUCAGCAACGCGUUGGGCGUCCGCGGAGCUGUGGGGGUUUCGUUGGAUUUCGAUGGGACGUCUUUGGGUUUCGUCACGUGUCACCUCGUCUCCGGAGCCGAGAAAGUACAGAAGAGGAAUCAGAGUUACGGGGAGAUCCUGCGUGGUCUGGUCCUCGGAGACGAGGCUCUACGAGGGUUCCAGCUCCCCCUGAGACUCACCUACCUGUUCUGGGCCGGAGACGUGAACUACAAGCUGGAGAUGCCGGCGCAGGAUGUUCUGCAGUGUGUGUACAGCGGGCAGCACCAACUUCUCCUUCCUGUAGAUCAGCUGAACCAGGAGCGUGAGAAGAAGAAAGUCUUCCUGGGAUUCAAAGAGGAAGCGAUCGCCUUCCCCCCCACAUGUCGCUUCGAGAGAGGUUCUCGCACCUAUGAUCUGCAGAAGGCCAAGACCAGCGGGACUCGUAUAGCUGCCCCAUCGUGGAGCGAUCGGAUCCUAUGGACGUGUUACCCGGACGCUGAGGUCAGAUGCACCUCAUAUGGUUGUACCGAUGAGAUCGUCAGCAGUGACCACGCCCCCGUUUUCGCCACUUUUGAGGUCGGUGUGGAUUUCUUGGCGCAGAGAGAUUGCCGUUAUACGCUCCGAUUUCUGCAGGUCGAGUCCAUCGUGAAAACCCCGAGCCGAUCCCGAGCGUCGAUCGAGUUCCGAUCCCUGUGCUUGAAGGACUCUCCACAAAGUAAUGUGAAUAGCGCACACGGUACAGAGGGGGCGGCCUUUCUCAAGCUGGGAUGGUCAGAGCAAGACUUACCGGAGAUACCUCUGGUUGGUGGCGACACAUUUACUGGACAUUUGCUUCUCAGUAUCCGACCAGCGGAUGGCGGAGAAACCUUCGGUGAGUGUUGCGUGUCGGUGCUCUCAGCCAAUAGCAAUUCUGAUCAUCAGUUUCAAGCUUUUCUGUCCCAACGUGGAGAAGAAACGGGAUCCUUGAGAGGGAAAGUGAGAGUGACCCAAUAUCCAAAUGUGACCCCAGAAAGGAGCCCCAGUGUGGCCAACAGAGAAGCUGAGAAAGUUCCGGAGAAUCCCGCCAAGAAAUCGCGUUCCCCCGGAUCUCCUCGCCACUCUCCGGCGUCGCGCUCCUCCAAACGCUCCGCCAGACGUCGUCCUGCGAGUAUCUGCUGCGGCAGUUACAGUAACGCCGAGUAUUUCCUAUUUGAAGGUUUGUGUUCCCCCUCCACCCCGAUAUCUCCCAGACCGCGAUCGGCGCUGGUGGGUGGGGAGCAGACGGGGGAACAUGAAGAGACGAUGUUCCCGACUGAAUCCGGGAGGAAGCCGACAUCUCCGCACUGUAUGAGGAACAUCUCCAAGUGAUACGGGAAGGAAGGUGUCACGGUGGAGGGGUGGGGGAUGGAAAGCAACCAACAUCACCAUAUUGUAUGAGGAACAUCUCCAAGGGAUACAAG